CUUCUUGUCGCCUGAUAACGCUUGUUGGCUUUGUUACUCGAGUACUGUUUGUUUCAGCUUCGUUUGGCUCAGUCAGUACUUCUCUGGCGCAGCAAUGAAGCAGUUCACGUUCAAAGGCCUUAUGGCUCCCGUUUUUACGGCAUAUCAUGGAAGCAGUCAACAAGUAAACUGCGAAAUUGUCGAUCCUUACGCAAAGUUGCUCAAAUCGAAGGGGGUCGGCGCGGUGCUCAUAAAUGGCACAACUGGCGAAGGGAUGCUGCAAACCGUGCAGGAGCGAAAGCAGGUCGCCGAAGCUUGGAGUGCGGCCUGCAGCAAGCACGGACUCGUACUGAUGGUCCAAAUCGGCGGUGCUCCUUACCCGGAUGUGGUCGAGCUGGCCCGGCAUGCCGAAGGGCUCGCCGUUGACGGGGUGCUGUGCCUGCCGGAGCUGUACUUUAAGCCGAAAAGUCCGGAAAAGUUGACGGAAUACUUGAGGAACGUUGCGGCGCACUGUCCGGAGACGCCCUUUUUCUACUACCAUAUUCCGAUGUUUACGGAUGUGAAUGUUCACAUGCCAACCUUCCUGGACAUGGCGGAGAAAGUAAUCCCGAACUUUCGUGGCAUAAAAUACACCAGUGGUGAUUUGGACCAGGGCUCGGCGUGUCUCAAACCGGGAAGAAUUAUAUUUUUGGGUGCGGAUGCGAUUCUGUGUGGAGCUGUGGCGGCAGGAUUCGAUAGUUUCAUUAUGACAACGUUGAACAUUUGCCCCGAGUUGUCGGAUAAGAUUAUCGCCUGCAUGGCCAAAGGAGAUGUCGAGGGCGGUCGCAAAACGCAGCGCGAGCUGAAUGAUAAAAUUGCAAACAUUUUGAAGGAUGGUGACUGGGUUUCCGCGAUGAAAAAGGCCUUCAAUGAAAGCUGCAAUUUGAAUCUGGGCAAAACGCGUGCCCCACUUAACUUUCAGUAAUAUUACCUAUUUUGUUUAUUGGAGAUAUGAUUUUUUUGAUUAAUCAUUGGAUUUAGGAAUUAAAUUAAGGAAUUUAAUCUAAUCUAUCUAAAUUUUAAAAUGUAUGAGAUUUUUUUUCUUAAUAAAAUCAUAAAAUAAAUAAA